CAACCUCCUCUCCUGACCUAAUUGUGAAUUGUGUUGCGCCUUUAAAUACUGUUCUCUCUCUCUCUCGGACGUCCCUAGGAACCACCAAACCGGCCGACAACAGCCCGGUCCCAGCGAUGUUCGAAGCUUGAGCGCGUGCAACUCGUCGAAAGUGCCCCAUCCAGCAGCCAUACCCAAAGGUGGCCUUUCCACCCUUAGAAAAAGCGCGAUACUCAAGAAACCUCCUCCGUCUAAAUGGCUUCUCCUCCUUCACAGCCUGCCCAGGAUCCUCCUGCUCCUAUUGGCACCUCCACACACCCCGCGCUGCAACCCUCCAUCACCUCUGUCCCCGUCACCCCUGGCGUGCAUAUGGCCGGCCACUCUGCAUACAUUGAGCCUGAGGGCACUGCACACAGCACUAACCUGCCCUUUGACCCCGACACGGCCACACCAGGUCCCCAGUGGAACGCGAAUUCGUACUUUGCGCCAAAACACGAGGCACGCUCAAGCUCUCCAACCGAGGCUGCCGCUGGUGCUCGCACGGCAGAAGAGCUCCUACGACGUCUGAGCCUGAUACCGGACCCGCAAGUCAAGCAUGAUCUAGCAGACAUAGACCCGCGGGCAGCACAUCCUAAUUUGAAUCUCAGCGGAAGAGUUCUUAGCGCUACUUUCGCCGUGCCUUACAACAUUGGCUUCUCGCCAGGUAACGAGUGGGAGCUGAAAUCUCGCCGCGGAACCUCUGCCUUGUUUGACUCCUUCUCUUACCUAGCCUCGGCCUCGUCACCAUGGAAUCAUACUCUGGUUGGUUGGACAGGAGAAAUUCGUGGGCCUCCAACUCAGGAUGCCCCGCCAAGUAAAGCUUCCGCUCCCAUUCCUGUGGACCCUCGAUCAGUACCACCGCCACCCCCUCCUCCAGAAGGGCUUAAAAUCAGCCGCCAGGACAGAGAGCGCUUGGAGAAACAGCUUGAACGCGACCACGGCGGCAGAAUUGUUCCAGUGUGGCUCAUUGAUGAAAUAGAUGAAGAGAAAGAUGUAGCAAUCAUGAAAGACCAGUCCCGGUGGCGUCGAUAUGCCGAGCGCGAGCUCUACACACUCUUCCACUACAAAGUAAACGAGCCCGCCGACGGUCGCGCGGCACGGAAGUCGUGGGCCGAUUAUUACCGCAUGAACAAGCUCUUUGCAGACCGGAUCAUGGAGCUGUAUAAACCCGGUGAUAUAAUUGUCGUCCACGAUUACUAUCUUCUCCUUCUACCCAGCCUUCUCCGUCAGCGUCAAGCAAAUGUAUACGUCGGCUUCUUUCUCCAUGUCCCAUUCCCAAGUAGCGAAUUCUACCGCUGCCUCAGUAGGCGUAAAGAGAUUCUAGAAGGUGUCUUAGGUGCUAACAUGAUUGGGUUUCAAUCUUACAGCUACUCAAGGCAUUUUUCUUCGUGCUGUACGCGGAUCCUUGGCUUUGACUCUUCAUCUGCAGGCGUCGAUGCCUAUGGCGCUCACGUCGCAGUAGAUGUCUUCCCGAUUGGCAUCAAUGCCUCCUCUACGCAACAGCAAGCAUAUGGUGACCCAACUAUCGAAGAGAAGAUUAAGGCUAUCCGUGAUCUGUACGAAGGCAAGAAGAUCAUUGUUGGUAGAGACAGACUCGACUCCGUCCGAGGUGUGGUACAAAAACUCCAGGCUUUUGAAAUUUUCCUCGAGAAAUACCCUGAAUGGCACGAAAAGGUUGUCUUGAUCCAAGUCACCAGUCCAAGCAACGUCCAAGGUACCAAAGACGAAGACGAUGACAGCAAAAUCGUCAAUAAAAUCUCAGAAAUAAUGUCUAGAAUCAACGGUACCUACGGCUCUCUCAGCUAUUCUCCUGUUCAGCACUUCCCGCAAUACCUCUCUCGAGAAGAGUACUUUGCGCUGCUUCGCAUUGCUGAUGUUGGUCUCAUUACCAGCGUCCGAGACGGCAUGAACACAACCAGCCUUGAAUAUGUCAUUUGCCAGAGAGAAAACCGUGGUCCCCUCAUUCUGUCCGAAUUCUCAGGAACCGCCGGGUCGCUUAGUGGAGCUCUUCACAUCAACCCUUGGGAUCUUAGCGGCGUAGCGGAUGCUAUAAAUGAAGCGUUGACGAUGCCUCAAGACCAGCGCAAGGAGUCGCAUGAAAUGCUGUACAAGCAUGUCAUAGCGAACAACGUACAGGCGUGGACGAAUAACUUCCUCAAGAGACUUAUGACCAAUCUGUCCUCAUUUGACCAGUCAUUCGCGACUCCGUCAUUGGACAAAGCCAAGGUUCUCUCUCAAUAUCGGCAGGCAAAGAAGCGACUGUUCAUGUUUGAUUACGAUGGUACUUUGACUCCCAUUGUCAGAGAUCCACAAUCCGCCAUUCCCUCAGACCGGGUUAUCCGCACACUGAAAACACUGGCUGCAGACCCGAAUAAUUCUGUUUGGAUCAUCAGCGGUAGAGACCAGAAGUUCCUAGAUGAGUGGAUGGGCUCCAUUUCUGAGCUUGGUCUUAGUGCCGAGCACGGAAGCUUCAUGCGCCAUCCGCGAAGCGAUGACUGGGAAAACCUGACCGAGACAACAGACAUGAGCUGGCAGUCUGAAGUCAUGCACAUCUUCGAACACUACACUGAGCGGACGCCUGGAGCGCACAUUGAGCGGAAGAAAAUUGCCCUUACCUGGCAUUACCGGAGAGCCGACCCUGAGUUUGGUGCUUUCCAAGCUCGGGAAUGCCAGAAACACCUCGAGAAAACGGUUGCGAAGAAAUACGAUGUUGAAGUCAUGACAGGCAAGGCAAAUCUGGAGGUGCGACCACGGUUCGUGAAUAAGGGGGAAAUCGCGAAGAGACUGAUUCAAGACUACGGGGAGGGCGCGGGAGAGGCACCUGAAUUUGUACUUUGUCUCGGCGACGAUUUUACGGACGAAGACAUGUUCCGCUCUCUCCGACAGUCCGAGUUGCCCCAGGACCACGUUUUCUCGGUCACUGUCGGCGCCAGUUCGAAGCAAACGCUUGCGAGUUGGCACCUCGUGGAGCCGUCUGAUGUCAUUUCUGUCAUUUCUCUUCUCAACGGCUCCUCUGAUGCUGGAAAUGCGGGAGCGGUUGCCGUGGUCGAGGGGUCAGUCCUCGAAUCGAGACUAUAAAAGGAGAUGGCAAAUAGACAUGUCGAUAGGCGUGUGGGGAAGGUUGUCUGAGCAUUUCUGCAUGGAGCAUAUGGCGCGUUCUGUUUUACGUCCAAGGAAUUGGCCUGGAAUUCAAACACGAGCGCGACGGCGAAUACUGGGAAGGGGUUUCCUUUCUGUAAUUGUAAUUGACCCCGGGCUCUCAAAG